AUGGCGGACAAGACGGCGCCGCGAUGCCAGCUGAGGCUGGAGUGGGUCCACGGCUACCGCGGGCACCAGUGCCGCAACAACCUCUUCUACACGGCCGGGAAGGAAGUGGUUUACUUUGUGGCCGGCGUGGGCGUUGUCUACAACGCCCGCGAACACACCCAGAAGUUCUACCUGGGACAUAACGAUGACAUCAUCAGUCUGGCGCUGCAUCCCGACAAAGUGCAGGUGGCGACCGGUCAGGUGGGCAAGGACCCCUACGUGUGCGUGUGGGACACGUACGGCAUGCAGACCGUCUCCAUCCUGCGCGACGCGCACACGCACGGCGUGGCCUGUUUGGCUUUCGACGCCGACGGACAGCGGUUGGCCUCGGUGGGUCUGGACGCCAAGAACACGGUGUGCGUGUGGGACUGGAGGAGAGGACGCGUACUAGCCUCGGCCACCGGACACUCGGACAGGAUAUUCGAUGUGGCUUGGGAUCCUCAGCUUUCCACGCGACUGGUCAGCUGCGGCGUCAAACACAUCAAGUUCUGGACUCUUUGCGGUAACGCCCUGACACCCAAGCGCGGAAUCUUCGGGAAGACGGGGGACCUCCAGACCAUUUUGUGCGUGGCCGCCGCCAAAGAUCAGACCACCUACUCGGGAGCGCUCAACGGUGAUGUUUACGUGUGGAAAGGAGCGGCGCUGGUCCGGACCGUGCAGGCGGCGCACGGGGCGGGAAUCUUCAGCAUGCACGCCAGCGAGGAAGGUUUCGCCACCGGCGGACGCGACGGCUGCGUGCGCCUCUGGGACGCCGACUUCAAGCCCAUCACCAAGAUCGACCUGAGGGAAGCCGAGCAAGGGUACAAAGGUCUGUCAAUUCGCAGCGUCUGCUGGAAGGCGGACCGUGUUCUGGCCGGCACGCAGGACAGCGAGAUCUUCGAGGUGAUGGUGCGCGACAGGGAUAAGCCGCUGCUACUGGUGCAGGGACACAGCGAAGGCGAGCUCUGGGCGCUCGACCUCCAUCCCAAACAACCGGUCGCCGUCACCGGGAGCGACGACCGAUCCGUACGGCUGUGGAGCCUUCCCGACCACACCCUGCUGGCCCGCUGCAACAUGGAGGAAUCGGUGCGCAGCGUCUCCUUCAGCAACGACGGAUCCCAGCUGGCUCUCGGCAUGAAGGACGGCUCCUUCACCGUCCUGCGAGUCAGGGACAUGACGGAGGUGGUCCACAUCAAGGACCGCAAGGAGGUGAUCCACGAGCUCAAGUUCUCUCCGGACGGUUCCUUCUUGGCGGUGGGCUCUAACGACGGCGUGGUGGACGUCUACGCUGUGGCGCAGCGUUUUAAAAAGGUCGGCGAAUGCGCCCGCUCCGCCUCCUUCAUCACCCACCUGGACUGGUCUGUAGACUCCCGCUUCCUGCAAACUAACGACGGCGCAGGGGAGCGCCUCUUUUACCGGAUGCCAGGAGGUAAACUGGUGUCCAAAGAGGAGGCCAAGGGUGUCCACUGGAUGACGUGGACCGGGGUGCUGGGCCCGGAAGUCAACAGCAUCUGGCCCAAAUACUCCAACGUGAGCGACGUCAACUCGGUGGACGCCAACUACGCCAACGCCGUGCUGGCCGCCGGCGACGACCCGGGCCUGGUCAAGCUCUUCCGCUUCCCGUGCUUCAAGAAAGGCGCCAAAUUCAAAAAGUACUCGGGACAUUCGGCCCACGUGACCAACGUGCGCUGGUCGGGCGACCUGCAGUGGCUGGUCAGCACCGGGGGGGCCGACCACGCCGUCUUCCAGUGGCGCUUCCUGCCCGAAGGCGUCAUGAACGGGGUCCUGGAGCCCCUCCUCCAAGAAGGGUACGCCGACUCCAACAGCGGCGAAUCCGACUCAGACGUGUCCGACGUCCCCGAGAUCGACUCGGACAUCGAACAGGAGUCUCAGCGCAACUACGAGCGGCAGGUUUACAAGGACGACCUGCCGCAGCUACGCCGGAAGCUGACGGGUUCCCUGAAGAGGCAGAAAGCUCCUGAGGAGGGACUUCGCCUUCAGUUUGUUCACGGGUACCGGGGUUUCGACUGUCGCAACAACCUGUUCUACAGUCAAACGGGCGAAGUGGUGUACCACGUGGCCGCCGUGGCGGUGGUCUACAACAGGCUGCAGCAUACUCAGAGGUUCUACCGGGGCCACGACGACGACAUCCUCAGCCUGGCCGUGCACCCCUUGAAGGACUACGCCGCUAGCGCUCAGGUGGGCCGAGACCCGGCCGUCCACGUGUGGGACAUGACGACUCUGAAAUGCCUGUCGCUGCUCCGAGGUCACCACAGCACCGGCGUCUGCGCGCUGGACUUCACGGCCGACGGCAAGAGCUUGGUGUCGGUCGGAAUUGACGACUUCCACUCGGUGGUCAUCUGGGACUGGAAGAAGGGCGAGCGACUUGCCAAAAGCAGGGGUCACAAGGACAAAGUCUUUGUAGUGAAAAGUAACCCUUUUAGGAUGGACAAGCUGGUGACGCUGGGGAUGAAACACAUCAAGUUCUGGCAACACUCAGGCGGCGGUCUGACGUUCAAACGCGGCAUCUUCGGGAACCUGGGAAAGCAGGAGACCAUGAUGUCGGCUUGUUACGGGCGCUCCGAGGAUUCGCUCUUCUCGGGGGCCGCCAACGGAGACGUUUACGUUUGGCGAGAUACGGCGCUGGUCAAGACCGUCAAGGCCCACGACGGGCCCGUAUUCGCCAUGUGCUCCCUGGACAAGGGUUUCGUGACGGGCGGGAAAGACGGCGUGGUGGAACUGUGGGACGACGCCUUCGAAAGAUGUCUGAAGACUUACCCUAUCAAGAGGACACUUCUGUCCCCCGCGUCCAAAGGACUGCUGCUGGAAGACAACCCGUCCGUCCGAGCCAUCGCGCUGGGACACGGCCACAUUCUCGCCGGCACCAAGAACGGAGAAAUCCUGGAGAUCGACAAGAGCGGACCCAUGACCCUGCUCGUCCAGGGUCACAUGGAGGGCGAGGUCUGGGGUUUGGCCGCCCACCCUCUGCUUCCCGUCUGCGCCACCGUCAGUGAUGACAAAACUCUGAGGAUGUGGGAACUGUCGGCCAACCACCGAAUGGUCGCCGUGCGCAAGCUCAAGAAAGGCGGACGUUGUUGCGCCUUCUCCCCUGACGGAAAAGCUCUGGCGGUGGGUUUGAACGACGGGAGCUUCUUGGUGGUCAACGCCGACACCCUGGAGGACAUGGUGACCUUCCACCAUCGCAAAGAGCUCAUCUCCGACAUCCGCUUCUCUCAAGACGCGGGCAAGUACCUGGCCGUGGCCUCCCACGAUUCCUUCGUGGACAUUUACAAUGUGCUGACCAGCAAGAGAGUGGGCAUCUGUAAAGGAGCGGGAAGCUUUAUCACUCACCUGGACUGGGACUCCAGAGGAAAACUUCUUCAGGUCAACACCGGAAGCAAAGAGCAGCUUUUCUUCGAAGCUCCCCGGGGACGCAAGCAAAACAUCGGCGUAGCAGAGUCGAACAAGCUUGAGUGGGCCAGCUGGACUUCGGUGGUGGGUCCCACCUGCGAGGGAAUCUGGCCCACCUUCGGCCUGGUCAACACCGCCUCGCUCAGCAAAGACCGAAAACUGCUGGCCAGCGGCGAUGACUUCGGCUUCCUGAAACUCUUCGGCUUCCCGUGCAGGGGUCAGUUCUCCAAGUUCAAGAAGUACGUGGCUCACAGCGUCAACGUGACCAACGUCCGCUGGUCCAACGACGACGCGCUGUUGCUUUCGGUGGGCGGGGCCGAUACGGCGCUGAUGAUUUGGACGCGGGAACCGGCGGGUCACAAGGAGAACAAAGCGGUGGACAGCGAGGAGUCCGAUGACGACCCCGAGGAAGACGGAGGUUACGACAGCGACGUGGCCCGGGAGAAGGUGGUGGACUACGUGACCAAGGUCUACUCAGCCAGCAUCAGGAAGAUGACGGGAACCAAACCUCACCUGCGGCACAAGGAACUUCCCGGAGAAGAGAGGUACGAAGUCGUCCGUGGCGUCUUCAGACCUCCCGUGAGCCGAGCCACUCCGCUGCCUGACAAGCUGGUAAGAAACAACGUGUCCAAGAAGAAGAAGGCGGUGGAGGACCUUCAGUUGGAUCACGUCUUCGGGUACCGAGGCCUGGACUGCCGCAACAACCUUCACUACCUCAACGACGGCGCCGACAUUAUCUUCCACACCGCCGCGGCGGCCGUCGUACAGAACCUGUCCUCAGGAACUCAAAGUUUUUAUCUGGAGCACACGGACGACAUUCUGUGCCUGACUGUCAACCAGCACCCCAAAUACCAAAACGUCAUCGCCACGGGGCAGAUCGGUGACGCCACAGAUCUACCAGGUUUCGCUCCGUCCAUCCACGUGUGGGACGCCAUGACCAAGCAGACUUUGUCCAUCCUGCGUUGUUCACACGCUAAAGGCGUGGGCUACGUCAACUUCAGCGCCACGGGCAAGCUGCUCCUGUCCGUGGGGGUGGAGCCUGAACACGUCAUCACCGUGUGGAGGUGGCAGGAAGGCGCCCGGAUUACCAGCAAAGGCGGCCAUCCGGAGCGGAUCUUCGUGGUGGAGUUCAGACCCGACUCAGACAGCCAGUUUGUGUCGGUGGGCAUCAAGCACAUCAAGUUCUGGACUGUGGUGGGCGGUUCGCUCUUGUACAAAAAAGGCGUCAUCGGCGCCGUGGAGGACGCGCGCGUGCAGACCAUGUUGGCGGUGGCCUUCGGAGCGAACAACCUGACCUUCACCGGCGCCAUCAACGGAGACGUGUACGUGUGGAGGGAGCACUUCCUGGUUCGAGUGGUCGCCAGGGCGCACUGCGGUCCCGUCUUCACCAUGUACACCACCCUGAGGGACGGACUCAUCGUCACGGGCGGGAAAGAGCGGCCGACUAAGGAAGGCGGUGCUGUCAAACUUUGGGACCAAGAGAUGAAGCGAUGCCGAGCCUUUCAGCUGGAAACCGGUCAAGCGGUGGAGAACGUCCGCUCCGUCUGCAGAGGGAAGGGCAAGAUCCUGGUGGGAACCAAAGACGGCGAGAUCCUAGAAGUGGGAGAGAAGAACGCCGCCUCCAACACCAUGAUCAACGGACACACUCGCGGCGGGAUCUGGGGACUGGACGCUCACCCUUUUAAAGACGUCUUCAUCUCGGCCAGCGACGACGGGACCGUCCGCAUUUGGGACCUGGCCGAUAAGAAACUCUUGAACAAAGUCAACCUGGGCCAUCCCGCCAAGUGCGCGUCCUACAGUCCUAACGGCGAGAUGGUUUCCAUUGGCACGGAGAACGGCGAGUUCAUCGUCCUCCUGGUCAACUCGCUCAGCGUGUGGGGCAAGAAGCGAGACCGCAGCGCGCCCAUCCAGGACGUACGCUUCAGUCCGGACAACCGCUUUCUGGCGGUGGGAUCGGCCGAGAGCGCCGUGGACUUCUACGAUCUGACGCUGGGCUCGUCCCUCAACCGGAUUGGCUACUGCAAGGAUAUCCCGGGCCGCGUCAUCCAGAUGGACUUCUCUGCAGACAGCCAGCACAUUCAGGUGUCCACCAGCACCUACGCUCGGCAGGUGCACGAGGUUCCUUCGGGCAAGCUGGUGACGGAAGCGUCCCUGGUGGAGAGGAUUACGUGGGCUACGUGGACCAGCAUCGUAGGCGACGAGGUCUUGGGGAUUUGGCCCCGUAACGCCGACAAGGCCGACGUCAACUGCGCCUGCGUGUCCCGCGCCGGCCUCAACCUAGCCACCGGAGACGACUUCGGCCUCAUCAAGCUCUUCGACUUCCCGUGCUCGGAAAAAUUUGCCAAGCACAAGCGCUACUUCGGCCACUCGGCGCACGUCACCAACGUUCGCUUCUCCUGCGACGACAAGUUUGUCAUCAGCGCCGGCGGCAGCGACUGCAGUUUGUUUGUAUGGAAAUGUCAGUGA